AUGAUAGAAGAGCGCCGCGGUGGCCCUCCCCACGCCGCCGUCCUCGCAGCCGUGGUGCUGGCGGUGAUGCUCCUGCCGACACUCAUCGGAGAUCAAUGCGACGCCCUGCUUUCCACCGUAGCCGAGCUGCUCAACCCCCUCGGCCUCCUCCUCCUCCCCAUAGGUCUUAUCCUCGCCAUCCAUUUCCUCUCCUCCGAUGCCGGAAUAUUCUCCACCGCCAAUCCCAGCUCCAUACACACCGCCACGGCUGGCGGUGGCGGUGGCGUCGGCUCCACCACCGGCAUCGUUGUGUUCCUUCUGCUUGUGCUGUUGCUUCUGUGCACUAGAGUGUCCAUCUUUAGCGGCGGCGGCAACGAUGAUGAUUAA